AUGCGCCUUAGGUACUACCUCCACCUUUGGGGACUGUUCGCCGUCCCCGGUGUAUUAGCCCAAGCCAUUGACUACUCGGCUGCCGCCCAGUCGAUAUCUGCUGAAUUGGCCGAUCCCUCGUUCUUGCCCUAUACAAGGCCCACCCAAAAGAUUUCGGAGUUCAUCGCCGUCGGUGAUUCGUACACCGCAGGUACUGGCUGCAAUGGCAUAAAUGAACAAAUGGGCGGGGACGCCAUUCGUGGGAAACCUUCCACGCUUAUACUGGCGACAAGGCAACGACGCGAUGCUAUCUACAAUAGUAUAUUGAACGAUUGCAUAUACAAAGCCUACAAGGCGGACAACUGCCAGAGUACCCUUGAUAAACUUCAAGACGAACUUGACAGCGGGAGGUUUAAGGACAAAGUCAACUUGGCCCUGUACCAAGUAGCACACGCAGGACGGCAGGCCGGCGGCGCCAAGCCUCGCGAAAGCUUCCAGGUGUUUGUCCUCGAGUAUGUUACCUUCUUCGGCAUGGGUCCCGAAUGUAACAAUUAUACUUGGUCAGUUUGGCCAGGUUGGUGGAGCGAGCAGCCCAAACUCACCCUGGAGCUCCGCCAGAAGCUUAAUGACAAGGUUCGCCAGGUCAACGCGGCCAUCAAAGCGGCAGCUGAAGAUCUCAAGGGAAUGGGCGUCAUAUAUGUGGAAGGAAUCCAAGACGCCUACAACGGCCACCGCUACUGUGAACCGGGGGCCUCCCAGGACAUGACGGAAUACAGUGUGUGGUUCUGGGCGCCGAACAACCACAUCGACACCCCCUCUGAAGGCCCUGGCGACCCCAAUAACGCUGCGUCAACGAACCGUGUCGACCUUGCGCAGGGCCUGCUUGAUUUCAUUUUCCCCGGUCAGGGCAAGGUAGUUCCCACAGCAAAGCCUGCCAACGGCACGCCGCCGUGGGAAUGGGAGGGCGCUGAGAAGUACCCAGACUGGCAGUCGCUGCUGGAUGCCAUUCACGCUGCUGCCGGUGACGACGCCAACGCCCAGAGUCUGGUGCCGUUACAUUACAUGCGCUCGUUCCACCCCAAGGCAACGGCGUAUGCUACACACGCCGAGGAGCUAUUUGCCGCCAUCGCGAAUAACAGAGGAGUGGCUGGAACGGGUGGUGAUGGAGGCCAGCAGAUCGCCAUUGCGUCAUACAUCAACCCCCUCGGAGACCCGGCCUCGUGGAAACGGCUCCUCGCAUACGACUCUGGCAAGGUCAGCGUCUUGGUCGCGAACGUUCUAAACGGUCCGGAUUAUGUGAUCGAGAAGAACUGGAAAUCGGUCAUCGAUCAGGCUGCCAGUCAAGGCAAAAAGAUCCUUGGUUACGUUCGGACUGGCUACCUGGGGGUAAGUCAGCAACGAUUCACAACUCGACUAGGCUCGCACGACCUCGCAGACUGGGCUUCGCAAAUUGAACAAGAUGUCGACAAGUGGUUUGAGCUAUACGGCACCAGUCUCGGCGGCAUCUUUUUCGAUGGAGGCUGGCCAGAAUGCGGUCCCAACAAUAUCUACGCAGACUUAUACGCAUAUAUCAACAGUUAUACGAAGCGGAAACACCCCGGCGCAUAUACAGUACUCAAUCCUGGCUCGCCAAUAGCUCAAUGCUUUGAAAACACUAUGGAUACGCUGUUGACAUUCGAGAGCAGCUAUGAGACUUAUACAAACUCUUUUGUACCGAAUGAUUGGACGCCAAAAGAUCCCCGAAAGAUAUGGCAUAUCAUCUACAAAGUACCACAGGAUAAGAUUGCGAAUGUUGCUGCUUUGGCCUGGAGCCGCCAUGCAGGGUUACUGGAAAUUACCAAUGAUGACCAACCUAACCCUUACGAUAAUUUACCCAACGAGGCUUAUAUGCAAGCAGUCAUCGGCGCCGUAUCAGGUGGCAAGCCUCGCAUUCAUGACCCCGCUAAAGUUACUGGCUCCUACGUUGCUGGUCUUCCAAGCGACACGGUCGUCUCCUCUGCGGACUAUAGCUCCGUCACCCUUACCUGGUCAUCAGUCGGGAAUGCUCUUGGCUACGCGGUGUAUAAGAACGGUGCACAGGUACUGGAACUGCCAGCCUCAUUGACCCGAGCUACGAUUGGCAUGAUCGACCCCGGAUCCUCUGGUAUCCCCUUCGAGGUACGGGCGAUCUUAGCUUCAAGCAGUGGAGGUAGCUCCCGGUUGAUCUCGGCGAGCACAGGCACGCAUUGGCUUGCGGUCACACAAUCUGCGAUCAUUGUGCCCAAAUAUUUGGGGAGCCCACUUUGUCCGUGGACUACCGGUUUACCAUAA